AUGUUUGGGUUCAAACGAUCGUCUGUGCAACUUGUGGUGAUACUGGCUUGGCUUUUGCGAUAUUACACCUUCGGGUCGAUAGAAAUAUGGUGUAUAGUCGCGUGCGGUUUGAGUUUGGCUGUUGUUUUGGCUGUGACGACGUAUGACCAUGACUACUGGACGUCCCGUGGGGUGUUCUCCCCGCCUGCGUGGCUGGUCGUGGGCCACAUCCCACCAAACAAACUGCGCGGCAUGUUCCCGCUCAUAGAGAACACAGCGGUAGAAUUCGUGACAAGGGUUCAAGAUUUGCUGACACAGUCUAAAAAUGAACCGAACAAAAAUGGCCCAGUGAAGACAGAAGGUCAAUGGAAUGGUGUGGAACAAAUCUCCGCUGUGGUGAACUCUGAGAAGCUUGUCGGUGGUUAUACAGCCGAUGCCAUAGUGCCUUGCGCGUUUGGUUUAAAAAAAACUCUUCGCCUGUACCCUCCGUUCCCGAGCAUCCAGCGCAUGUGUACCAAGGAGUACACAAUCCCCGACACCAACAUCGUGGUGAAGAGAGGGACUAUAGUGCUGUUCCACAGAGGGAUGAACAGAAGCGGUUGGCCUACAGAAAGUGGCCCGAUUGGUUUAAGUCAUGUCGAUGUAUCACCAGUUCGUAGGGGUGGAAGUGAGACCAUCGAAUCUCCAUUGCAAAUACGAGAGGAUAGUGAAAAAUCUAUCAUUAAAACAAAGGAGGUAGACGCAGAAGUUGGAGUUCGCGGUAUGCAGCCCGAUGUGUGGUCGCGACGAGUGGUUGAGGGCGGGGAGCGAGCGCGCGGGGGCGCCGUGGAGGCCUCAGUCAGCUGUGCUGAUAACGUUAGAUCAACUACUUUGUUGCGGAAGGUCGACAGGUGUCCACACAUUGGUGGAGUUCUCAAGUUGUUCACAAAGUUUGACCAGCUGGCGAUCCGAGCGAACAACCUCAUGUCUCCAUCUAACUUUGAGGAAAUAAAUUGA